CUGGCUCGCCGAUCCCCCUUCAGACAUGGCGGCGCUGUCAUCUCCAUUAACGGUGUGCAGAGGGAUAUUAAAAGAAUUACGUCUAAUACAAGGACCGAGUUACAAGCAGUCUCCGGCUUUUAACUAUGUUAUGGAUCAGUUUCGCAAGAAUAAGGUAACAGCAGAAAGAUACUGCCGUGCCCAACAGGAGGCGCACCAUGCCUCGCAAGCAUACCUGUGUUUGUUGGCGUCCACCAGGAACCACAUGGCCCUUCACAACCUUUACCACGCCAAGGGAGAGCGCAGCCCCGAACAAGUGGCCGGCCUCGUGGGGCUCAGGUUGCCCCAGCAGCCAGGAGGAAAAGGCUGGGAGAAGUGACAGCAUUAGACUGUCCAGCAGUGGGAGAAAAUCUUAAAAACUCUCCAGAAAUGACUUGGGUGUUACCUCGUACAGUUGAGCUCGUAUGAUUUAGAUGUUAUAAUGGAGAAAUAUUUGAUGGGUCUGGAGAUGCUGGAGAUUGUACCACUAUGGACUGAAGGACCCCGACUUUUCCUUGUUCUGUUGAUUCUUUAGGGUGGAGGAAGCGUUAGUAUACUGCGAUACUGUUCAUAUACCCCGCUCUACCGCUUAUGUUUUUGUGUCAUUAGAGCUUAAAAGCAACAAUGCAAAAUGAUUAUUACAUGAAAGUAUGAGUCUCAGUUAAAGUGUUUUUGAUGAAUGUGUUUUCAUAUGAGCAAAUAAAAGAAAGGAAAACCCUGUCUAUGAAUCUAACAGGUAUUUAAAUUGAUGUAUAAAGCGAGUUAAUGCUCGACGGACAUAAUUUCUAAUCAGUUGUAAGGCUAUAAGAAUAUUUCACGUGCUGAAUGUGAAAUCAUGAAUAAAAAGAUUAUUGUGACAUGA